CAAAUCAUUUGACAGCUGACUGUUGGUCCAAUAGGUUGCGACGCGGCGCGUUUGCGUUGAGUGUUCAAUUUUGUGUGGUUUAAUUGUUUGGCUUUUUAAAUUGCACGUUAAUACUCAUAAUUAUAAAAGUGCAUGUAAUUGGUUGAAGUGAUUGAUAGUGCAUUCUAAGCGUUGCCUAUGAUAUUUGUGUAAAACAAAAAAAAAAGCAAAUAAAAAUAAACUUGUACCUUGUUUUUGUUUUUGUUACCGAGACGCAACGUACAGUAAAUAUGACAAACAUGCGCCCACCGCAGAAAUCCAAACUACUGAAGGUCAUCAUACUCGGCGACGGGGGUGUGGGCAAGUCGGCGCUCCUCACGCGCUUCGUCUCGAAUCGUUACGAGGAAAACAAUUUCCAUACGAUUGGCGUGGAGUUCAUGAACAAGGACAUCGCUGUAGACGGCGAAAAGUACACACUACAGAUAUGGGACACGGCUGGACAGGAACGGUUUCGCGCCCUGCGCACACCCUUCUAUCGCGGCUCGGACAUGUGCCUGCUGUGCUAUGCACUGGACGAUCGGGACAGCCUGCGCGGGCUGCGGCUGUGGCGGAACGAGUUCCUCAACUAUGCGGACGUGAAGGCCGACAGGUUCCCGUUCAUUGUCGUGGGCAACAAGAACGAUCUGCGGCCGGAGAAGCGACAAGUGAGCUACGAGGAUGUGCAGCAGUGGUGCACGGAGUACGGCAUUGGCGCACACAUUGAGACCUCCUCGAAGACGGCGACAAAUGUCUCGGACGCCUUUGUGCUCGCCCUGCGCCAGUGGCGGCGCAUGGAGUGCGUCGCCGAGGCGGAACAGCGCCAGCUUGGCGACACCAUCGACCUAACGCAGCCCAUUCAACUGAUGCAUCGUCGCCAGUGCUGCACCGGCGGCGGCGGCGGCGGCGGUGGGACGAGGAGCAAGGCAGACGAUGUCGUCAACGAGGCUGACGAUGAUGGGCAAAUGGCGGAUGCGGCCAUGCAUUCGCCCUCCGCCAUGUCGCGCCAUUUGUUUGGCCAAUCGCGCAGUUCGCCAAAGGCGCCAGCGACCAAUUACCGACUAUGAGCGGGAUGUGGGGAGUAUGGCUACGUUUAUUUUUGUUUUUUUUUUUUUACUGCUUAGCCAGAGGCAUUCAGUACAUUCCAGCCAAGUGGGUGACAGUUGGUAAGAGUAUUCCAGCACAGACCAAAUACACAUGCAGCAAAAUGUACAAGAUACAAUUCGAGAUUAAGACGGUAGCGAGUAGGGAGCAACGAACAACGAGUAGCGAGUGGCGAGUAACGUGUUACGAGUCAGAUGCUUAUAACAGUUUCAUACGUAUUACAGUUUGACUUAUGACAAGAGGGCAGUGAAUAACGAGUAGCGUGUAACGAAUAACGAGUAGCGAGUAACGUGUCACGAGGCAGAUGCGUAUAACAGUUUGAUAAUGAAAUGAGGUAAUGUAUUACUGUUUGACUUAUGACAAGAGGGCAGUGAAUAAAGAGUAGCGAGUAACAAGCAACGAGUAGCGAGUGGCGAGUAACGUGCUAGGAGUCAAGACAAGAGAAUAGUGAAUAACGAGUAGUGAGUGACGUGUCACGAGGCAGAUGCGUAUAACAGUUUAAUACGUAUUACACUUUGACUUAUGACAAGAGGGCAGUGAAUAACGAGUAGCGUGUAACGAAUAACGAGUAGCGAGUAACGUGUCACGAGGCAGAUGCGUAUAACAGUUUGAUAAUGAAAUGAGGUAAUGUAUUACUGUUUGACUUAUGACAAGAGGGCAGUGAAUAAAGAGUAGCGAGUAACAAGCAACGAGUAGCGAGUGGCGAGUAACGUGCUAGGAGUCAAGACAAGAGAAUAGUGAAUAACGAGUAGUGAGUGACGUGUCACGAGGCAGAUGCGUAUAACAGUUUAAUACGUAUUACACUUUGACUUAUGACAAGAGGGCAGUGAAUAACGAGUAGCGUGUAACGAAUAACGAGUAACGUGUUACGAGUCAGAUGCAGUAUAACAGUUGAAAUCAGGUAAUGUAUUACAGUUUGACUUAUGACACGGUACACGACAAGCUGUGUAUAAAAAUUGUGCCUUGCGAGUGGACGAGUUAACUUGACCAUAGAGCCUUAGAUAACAAUAUUGUUUUUACACCCUAAGCUAUUAUACAAAUAUUUUUUGUAUGUCUCACUGUUAUACACGUUAUAAAAAAGUAGCUUUAAAUGACUUGUGCUUGAAACAGAUAAUCUCCCACCAAAAAGAUAUGGACGACAUCAAUGGUGGCUAUUAAUUAAAUAUUUUUAAAACAAUAUGACUUGCUUUGUAUAACGGUAUUUCUACCACUUAAAAUCUUACCUAUAUUAAAGAAAAUAUAGGUAAUCUAUCUAUAUAAAAACUUAAUUGUAACGUAUUUGAAUGAAUAAACUCUACAAAUAAAGUGAAUUAUGUGGAA